AUGAUUCGUCUCAUUCUUGCUGUAACCUGCUUGGCUGUGGCAGCUUCAGCCAGAAGCUCGAGAGAUUUUUUGAACACAAAUAAAUCACCAUCAAAUCCUCACGGAACUUCUCAAUACCCUUACACUUAUUUAUCUGUUUGUACAAAUGGAACAAGCACCGAUUUGCUCGAAAUCCAGUAUUCAAAGAAAUGUGAAAAUGGAAGUCAAAUCGCUUUAGGAAGAUACACAAAUCAAGUUAACACCACAGGAUGGGGAAUCUUAGAAAUCGAAACAUUCAGCGGUUUCCCUUAUGAUGUUCAAGCUUACGCUGCCGGUGUUGCUGAAGGUGAACUCACUCGUCUUCAAAUCUAUUAUCAUUACCGCAACACUAUCGAGGAACUCUGCACUAACCACACUUUAUACUGCAAGCGUUUGUACAAAUACUUGUCUAAGAAUCUUGAUUGGCUGAGAUCUCAAGUUGUUGCCAAUGAUCCAAAUGAUCCAUACUGGAGACAUGUUAACUUGACUUUCGCUCAAAUCACCGGUAUGUAUGAUGGUUACAUGAAGAGAAACUUAACACCUGAAAUCGGAUUCGAUCUUCAUCCAAUCUAUAUGAUUCAAUUAUCUGGAGAAUUAUUCGAUUUGAACAAAUAUCUUAACAAGACUCCCGAUCCACAAGAGUACCCUGAAGCAGGACGUUGUUCUGGAUUCGUCAAAUUUGCCGAUGGAAACAAGGAUCUCUUCUUCUCUCACGUAGCCAUGUCCAGCUACAGUACCAUGAACAGAGUUUUGAAGCUCUACAAGUUCGCUUAUGAUAAGGCUGAAGUACCCGGACAUACUGUUUCUUUCUCUGGAUACCCUGCAGCUUUAGCAUCUGCUGAUGAUUAUACUUUGACCAGCGCUGGAUUGGCUUCAAUCGAAACAACCAUUGCUAUCUUCAACAACACCUUAUACACAGACGCAUUUAUAAAGCCAGAAGGACAAGUCCAUUGUUGGAUUAGGUCAUUCUUGAGUAAUGCCUUAACCAAAACAUCCAAAGACUGGGUAAAUCUAUUCGCCAAGUAUAACUCUGGAACAUAUAAUAAUCAAUGGACUGUUGUUGAUUAUAAAUUAUUCAAACCCGGACAGGCUACUCCUCAAAAGGACUUCAUCUGGAUUCUGGAACAAACUCCAGGAUACACAUCUACAAGAGAUAUGACUUGGUUCAUGAAACGUUUCACUUACUUCCCAUCAUAUAAUAUUCCAUAUUUGACUGAUGUCUCCAUUGUUUCUGGAUUCAAUCUUAAGGCAGCUCAAUAUGAUUGGUACAAAUGGGGAGCUUCUCCACGUGCUCGCAUCUUCCAACGUGAUCACAAUAAGGUUCAAGACAUUGAUUCCUUGACCAAGCUUAUGAGAUACAAUGAUUAUACUCAUGAUGAGUUCGCCAAAUGUAAAUGCAAUCCCCCAUACACUGCCGAGGCUGGAAUCUCUGCUCGUGGUGAUUUGAACCCUGUGAACGGAACUUAUGAAGUUGAAAGCAUGGGAUUCCGUAAUCACGGAGGACUUGAUUAUAAGGGAACAAACUAUGAGAUGUUCAAGAAGCUUCGUUUCCGCGCCUGGGGUGGACCUCCAUAUGAUCCUCUCCCACCUUUCAGCUGGGCAUCAACCAACGUCGUUUCACCUCAUUUCGGCCAGCCAACUGUCUGGAAUUUCACUUACAUCGAUUUGGAAUGGGAAACGGAAGUUGCCGUAUUGGGAUUUGAUUAUUAA